AUCAAAUGUGAUAAGUAGAGGGGGAUCUCGUCGAGAGCAGUUGUGCAGAAAUAUUGAACAGAGAUCCUUGUUCACGAGUUGUGUUUCGUCUCCACGUUUCGGUAGCUCUAGCAGUAAAAAAAUGUCGAAAUACACGAUUGUUAUGGUACGUCAUGGCGAGAGCGAAUGGAAUAAAUUAAAUCUGUUCUGCGGAUGGUAUGACGCCGAUUUGUCCGACAAAGGUAAACAAGAGGCGCUCUCAGCUGGAAAAGCAAUCAAAGAUGCUGGCUUAGUCUUUGAUAUUGCUCAUACAUCAUUGCUGACGAGAGCCCAAGAGACUUUGAAAUCGAUUCUUAAAGAAAUAGGUCAAGAGAGCAUUCCUGUUCAAAAAACGUGGCGUUUGAAUGAGCGUCAUUAUGGUGGUUUGACUGGCAUGAACAAGGCCGAAACUGCAGCUAAAUAUGGUGAAGAACAGGUUCAUAUCUGGAGAAGGUCUUUCGAUGUACCUCCACCACCUAUGGAACCAGAUCAUAAAUAUUACGACACAAUAGUAAAGGAUGCCAGAUAUGCCAAUGAAUUAAAGGUAGAAGAAUUUCCUAAAUGCGAAUCAUUGAAAUUGACUAUUGAAAGGACAUUGCCAUACUGGAAUAAUACUAUCAUUCCACAAAUGAAAGAAGGAAAGAAAAUUAUCAUUGCUGCUCAUGGAAAUAGCUUGCGUGGCAUAGUGAAGCACUUGGAUCAAAUGUCCAAUGAUCAGAUUAUGGGUUUGAAUUUACCAACUGGUAUUCCAUUCAUCUACGAAUUGGAUGAGAAUUUCAAACCUGUUGUAUCUAUGAAAUUCCUGGGCGACGAAGAAACAGUUAAAGCGGCAAUGGCUGCAGUUGCUGCCCAGGGGAUGUAUGUUCUAUUUUUAUCAGAAUUCCGCGACAUGGAAGGAAUAUUCUAA